ACGAGCAAGUUGGCUUUUACUUGCUCUCCGUUUGAACCGUAACACCUAUACACCGUAACGGGCAUGUCGGUGUAGAGUCGUGCCUUUAACAGCUGUACUACUAAACUGCCAGUUACGGAUUGCUGCAACACUCCAGCCAAAAUGACGAACAGCGCCAUUCUGUUAGAUUCAUCCCAAACUCAUCGCACCCGCAAAGUUAAGGUUAAGCUGUGUAAGAGUUUCAUCCCAGCUGAUCCUCCAUAGUUGCGAAGGAGUUUUGCAAAAGCACUAUAUUCACAAGCACAGAGUAGACAAGCACGCAAUUGCUUCGGUACUGCCUCUCACCGCGUCACCGCGGGCCUCAAGAGGGGAUGAUGCUUAUCUACGAGAGCAGAAGGAAGUCGUAAAUUGAGCAGCUCUUUCAACGGUGAUAUUGGGGACUGCACUGCUCCAACUGGGAUGAGUAGGCGAGGAGAAAUAGUCGACGCUUGUGGAGGCCUCAACCUGCAGAGAAUCGGGGUUCUUUUCUUUAGCACGAGGAAUUGGUGCCAACACGGAAUUGACUGUUUUUUUUUGGUUGCGUUUAUUCACUGAGCACGACUGUCUGUCUUGGUAGUUCCAAACCAGCGGUCGGCAAACUUUUGAGGUAAAGGGCCAACCUUCCUAAAUGAUCGAGAGCUGCGGGUCAGGAGAAUGCAGAGGAACAAACAUUAGCAAAAUAAUUGGUCAAUAAUGAAUAUUAAGCAUUACAAUGCAGUGAUAUUAUUCUUCAGGUAAGCAUCGUCAACAUGUGCAAAUGAUCGGCAGGAUGCAAAAAUUAUUGAGGAUAGUCUAGUGAUGGAAUAAAACCGCUGAGAUGGGAUUGCCGACCGCUGUUCUAAACCAACGACACCUCUCUCCGUUGGCUCGUUCCUCUUUAACCUGUAGCGCAUGCGAGGGAGAGGAUUGCUAAGAGGGCAUCCACACGCUACGGGCUAGCGUACCGUACCGUUCGUAUUUGUAAGGAGAGUUUGACAGAGUACGGUACGCUACACGAGUCCGGUACGUGUAGAGGCCCGCUAAGAGUUCAAUGUGUGGAUGUGAGACAGUUCAGAUGAAUACCUCCCGAGAGAGAAAUGCAGAACAUUCCGGAGCCAUUGGUUGUAGAACCAUUCCUCCAUUUCUACCCCGCUGCGUGUCUGAAAAACGCGUUGACACUUCCAGUCACUGCCUGAGCGAAUGUUUUUGGCGCAAACAGCUGUUUAACCCUAAUUGCAACCGUGUGUGUGCGUGAGUGGAGAUAUUCACCCCCAAACACGGGGUUGUGUAACUCGGGGCACUACAAUCAGCUAAUCCCCAGCACUCACCUCUGUAUCUAGUGUGCAGCUCGCCACGGGCUGAUAACAGGCUGUAUCUUUGUUGUGUUUGUUUUGGCUUUGCGAGGUACGAUCUUAACGAUCUGGGUCGCUGGAACACCACGUGGAAGAUGCGCAGAUCUGCUGUUCGCUCCCGGGGCUGUGGAGUUGUUGCGUGUCGGUCGCGAGUGUUGCUUCGUGCGUAUGGAGGAGGCGGAAGAAUUGCGUGCUCUACGGCAGGAGCCGUCGGGCAGAAGGAUCACCAUUGGCCAGGAAGAUCGGAAGGAUGACAGUCACACAACGACGAAGAGCACGCGCUGGGGAACGUUGCUGGAGGGCUUGGAUCCCAAAAGACGCCUGCCAAUCCUGACCUGGAUCCGGAAGUAUGAUGGAGCGGACGCCCUGUCCGAUCUGAUUGCCGGUGUGACGCUCGGGCUGACGAUGAUCCCGCAGAGCAUUGCGUACGCCACAAUCGCCGGUCUGCCGUCCCAGUACGGGCUGUACGCGGCCUUCAUGGGAUCGCUCGUGUACGUGUUCUGCGGCACGGUGCGCGAGGUGUCGAUCGGCCCGACCAGCCUGAUGUCGCUGCUGACGCUGGAGUAUACGGCCGGCCGACCGGUCCAGUACGUGAUCGUGCUGGCGUUCGCGGCCGGUCUGGUCGAGCUGGCGAUGGGCGCCUUCCGGCUCGGAUUUCUCGUCUGCUUCAUCUCGGUACCGGUCACGUCCGCGUUCACGUCGGCCACCGCCCUCAUCAUCAUCGGCGCCCAGCUCGGCAAUCUGCUGGGGCUGCCCCGGACCGUGGACGGUGGCUUCUUCGCGACCGUCUGGAGUGUGGUGUCCCGGCUGGCGGACAGUGCCGCCGGCGACACGCUGCUCGGGAUUGGGUGCAUCGUGCUGCUGCUCGCCUUGCAGUAUCUGCCCCGUCUGGUGCCGGCCACUCGCAGCAGACCCGUGCACCGCGCCCUCUGGUACGUAUCGCUCUCGCGGAAUGCGCUGGUCGUGCUGCUGUCGGCGCUACUCGCCCACCAUCUUGUUACCAGCAACACGGACGGCGGCAAAGCGACCGCUCCCUUCCGCCUGUCUGGCAGGAUAGAGCCUGGCAUACCCGCCUUCGAGUGGCCGGUCCGUGACGUCACCGUGAACGGUACGACCGUCACCUUUCCGCAGAUGCUGGUCGAGCUCGGCAGUGGACUGGUGCUGGUGCCGCUCGUAGCCGUCCUUGCGAACGUUGCUAUCGCGAAAGCAUUCGCGUCCGAUGGAGUGGUCGACGCCACGCAGGAACUGUUCGCUCUCGGGCUGUGCAAUGUGAUCGGUUCGUGCUUUCGGGCCAUGCCGACCACCGGGGCGUUCACCCGGUCCGCCGUCAGCCAUGCCAGCGGCGUCCGCACCCCUCUCGCCGGCCUCUACUCCGCCCUGCUCGCCCUGCUCGCGCUCGGCGUGCUGACGCCCUACUUCUACUACAUACCGCGGGCCACCCUGGCUGCCGUGCUGAUCGCCGCCGUCGCCUCCAUGCUCGAUCUGGGCAUCGUUCGCCGCCUGGCCCGGCCGCCCGCCCUUCGCACCGAUUUGCUUGCCUGGACGGUGUGCUUUGUGGUUUGCCUGGUGCAGGGCGUCGAGGUUGGUCUGCUGUGCGGUAUGGCGGUCAGUCUGCUCGAACCGCUCCGCCACUGGGUGGGCGGGAGUGUGUCCACCAUUGGCAUGACCCUGGCCGACAGCGCCGCCGUCCACCGUUGCAUCCGGCCCGAGGUUGGGCUGCUUUAUACGGGCGUGGAUCGGUUGCGCACGGCCGUGCUGGCCGAGGCACGUCGCCAACCGUCGCUACCACUCGUGCUCGACUGCGAGCGGCUGGUGGUGCUCGACUACAGUGCGGCACGUGCGCUGCGUGAGCUGGCGGACGAGGUGGCACGAUACGGGGCGGGCCCGCUGGUACUGGUCAACGUACGACCCGGCUGGUGCCGAGCGCUGGAGCUGCAUCAAACCGACGAGGGAUAUGUGUUUAAGCGCCCCGAGCCAGCGUCUAAUGGGUGACCAACGUCAACCGCUUGAAGGUAUGCAAUCCGCAUGACGAAACAGCCCUAUUAACAACAGAACCGCACUCAUUUUCAUCGUAUUAUAUGGAGUUUUUGUUCCACAGAAGAUCUGAGCUGGAGCUGUUCGCGAUGUUCAACUCUGUUUUGUUAAAAAUUAAGUUUAAGAGCUUUUAUUGCUUUUCGUCUAAACAAUCGUGUUGUUUUACAAAGAAUAAAAUUUGGUAUUUUUUCCGCUGUAA